ACCUUUUGUUGACUGUUUGUUAAACCAGGGUUGGGCUUACAAAUGGGCAGGACUUCAAAGGACAAACGGGACAUCUUCUACCGACUGGCCAAGGAGCAGGGAUGGCGUGCGCGGAGUGCCUUCAAGCUGCUCCAGGCGGAGGAGACGUUUCACCUGCUAGGAGGUCUAACCCGUGCCGUGGACCUGUGUGCCGCUCCCGGCAGCUGGUCACAGGUGCUGGCCAAGCACAUGUACGAGCCACUGCCUCCGGAGGACCGGGAAAAGGUGAAAAUCAUCGCAGUAGACCUACAGGGAAUGGCGCCGAUUGAAGGCGUCACACAACUCCGGGCGGACAUCAGCAAAGAGUCCACAGCCGAGGCCAUCAUCGACUUCUUCGGCGGCGAGAAGGCACAGAUUGUGGUCAGCGAUGGGGCUCCUGAUUCCACAGGCAUGCACGACUUUGACGCCUACGUCCAGGGCGAGUUGCUCCUCUCCGCCCUGAGCAUCUCCACCUUCAUCCUGGAGGAGGGAGGCUCGUUUGUGUCCAAGAUCUACCGGGCAGACAGGACCAGUCGCUUGUACAGCCAUCUUAAGCGCUUCUUCAAGGACGUAUGUGUGUUUAAGCCCUCCGCUUCACGAAACUCCAGCAUCGAAGCUUUUGUGGUGGCCCGUCAGUUUUGUCUUCCCAAAGACUAUAAGCCCUGCAACCUGAUCACCGAAUGGCACGAACAUCCGGAGUCGUGGGUGAGCAGGAAAAAGGAGAACCCUCCCGUUGUUCACGUUCCCUUCGUCGCCUACAAAGGAGAUCUAGAUUCCGAUCGGACCUACGACUUGGGCGAGGACUAUGUUUACAAAGAGCCAGUGCAACAACCUUUGACCGCCGCCUAUCAGGAUAUCCUGAAGAAAACAAGCCAAGUCAACAUCAAAUAUGAAGGCAUCCGAGUUAUGCAUGACGAGGAAUUGUUUAAAGAGUGGUACAAAGCAGGUGUUUGCUUAAGUUCCUGCGAUGAUAAUGGAUAUAAGAAUACAACAAAUUAAAUAAAGUAAACUUUAGAUGAA